ACUGAGCUUUUGGGGAAGAGGAGGGGGCUCGCAAGUUGCGUUAUCAAAGUCCCUUGGGUAAUAACUUGGUCAAAUGAGGCCGAAGACGGAGCGGUGAGACGGUCUAUGUCAGUAGUAGGAUUCGCCUCGUAUUAGAGAAAUUUCUUUCAUGUCGCUUUCCCUCCAUGUCCAGUCAAUUUUCGCUUUUGAGAUGGUUAUCACCGCCGCGUUAGGCUUCACGGAAUUCUGCUGCUUACCCGACCCUCGACCACACCAGCACCCGCCUCAGCCGCAACUACUGAACCGGCUGCUGUGCCGACCGUUGCAAUAACCCCAAGCAUCGCCCUCGCAUUGAAAGCGAACACCGCCGGCCAUGGCGAGCCAGGUCCGCGACCACGAAGUCGGCGAGAAGCCUCACGCCGCGCCGGACGAGUCCCACGACGACGGCGGGUCCCGCACGUCUUCCUCGCACGACGGCGAUGGCGCCGACGCCGACGCGACCCGGGCGGGAGUCGCCAAGGACGAAUCCCUGCCCGUGCAGAGAACGCAAACCAGAGACCGGGCCUCGAGGAUCUCCGAGGACCUGAGGAGGACGACCAGCAACGUUCUCGCCCGCGUCGCCUCGCGCAUGACUACGAGGACAUGGCCUGAGCCGCCGCCGCCGCCCGACGGCGGCCUCAACGCCUGGACGCAAGUCGCGAUGGGCUGGCUGGUCAUAUUCACAACCUGGGGAUGGGUUAACUCGUUCGGCAGCUUCCAGGCCUACUACACGACAGUGCUCCCGCAGUCGCCGUCGACGGUCUCGUGGAUCGGGUCGGUGCAGAUCUGGUUCUGCCUCAUCAUCAGCGUCUUCUCGGGCCGGCUGCUGGACGCGGGCCUCUUCCUGCCCACCUUCCUCGUCGGCGCCGUCAUCCAGGUCGUCGGCAUGUUCCUCAUGAGCAUCUCCACCCAGUACUGGUCCCUCAUGCUCACCCAGGGCGUCCUCACCGGCAUCGGCAGCGGCAUUUUCUUCACCCCCUCCCUCGCCCUCGUCGCCACCUACUUCAGCAAGCGCCGCGGCUUCGCCGUCGGCCUCGCCACCACCGGCAACUCCGCCGGCGGCAUGAUCUACCCCGUCGUCGUCAGGCAGCUGCUGCCCACGCUCGGCUUCGCCUGGACCGCGAGGGUGCUCGCCUUCAUCAACCUCGCCUGCCUCUCCGUCGUCUUCACCUUCAUGCGCCCCCGCUUGCCGCCCCGCAAAUCCGGUCCCAUCAUCGAUUUUACUGCCUUCCGCGAGCUCGUAUACAACGGCGUGACGGUUGGGAUAUUCGCCACGUCGAUGAGCAAUUACUUUACCUUCUACUACAUUGCAUCGUACGGCAGGGAGAUAUUAGGCCUCCCCUACUCGGAGGCGUCGGUCAUGGUCAUCCUAAUCAACGGAGCCGGCAUCGUCUUCCGGGUGAUACCGCCGCUGAUCGCGGACCGGAUCGGGCCGAUCAACGUGGUCACGCCGGUGACCCUCUGCUGGGCGGUCGUGGCGUUCUCGUGGCUCGCAGUCGACAGCAUCCCGGGGCUGUACGUGUUCACAUGCUUCUACGGGGUCAUGUCGGGCAGCUUCCAGUGCCUCACGCCGACCACGGUCGCCAGCAUCACCGACAGGCUCGACAUGGUCGGCACGCGGCUCGGCAUGGUCUUCAGCAUCUCCUCGUUCGCGUCCCUCACCGGCCCGCCCAUCGGCGGCGCCAUCCAGGCCGCCCACGCCGGCCAGUUCAAGCACGCCCAGGCCUGGGCCGCCUGCAUGACGCUCAUCGGCUUCGUCAGCUUCGUCGUCGCGAGGGUGAGCAAGGCCGGGCUGACGCUGAAGGUGAGAUGUUGAAUCGUGAGGGUGGACAGGAGAGGAAAGUGAGGGGGGAUGGGAGAGGAAAUGGGGGUGCCCCCCCCGGUCCGAGGGGACUCAUGGGCUAUUAGCGAUGCUGGUCUGGGAAUAAAACAACGA